CGGAGAGUGAGGGUGUACGACUGUCUCUCCCUCUCUUUCACUGGGCGAAGUGACUGGCGCGAGCCUUCUUCUCGCUCGCCGUUAAGUUUAUACUUUUGUGUUUCUGUGUGGCGUGGUGGUCCUUCCUGAAGAGAUUGAUUAAACUUUUCGACAGGGUUUUUGUGCAUGGUUCGGAUAAAAGAUAUUCUUGCUGGAUUUACUGCGGAUAUCUUUAUCACUUGUGGAAUACAGUGUUAAUAUAUGUAAGAAUAAGAUAUAAAUCUAUUCCUCUCGCGAGCAAAAUAAUGGUUAUGAUGAAAGAGCAUUGAAUAAAGGAAAAGGAAAAAGAAGGAGAAAGAUUAAUAAAACGUUAAUGUGCCUCAAAUAAAGUGUCUUCUCGGCUGAUGAUGAAGCUCGACCAGUGAGAGCGAGAGCGAAGCCACGAUGCUCCUGAAGAAGUCCUCGCACGACGCCAGGAAACAGACUGCCGGUGGAAAGAUGCAAAUCGCUCACAGCGAGGAGAUCCGCCAGAGUCUGGACGUCCUGGACCGAGUGCUCUCCGAGUUCGACGACAUCGAGACCGACACCAAUGACGACUCCGUCGCAGCCGACUACCCCGACGCCCCCGAGCACGCCGACAAGUCCAGCGAGAACGACGACGCCGGGGGAUCGCCUCCGCCCGUCGACAGAAGCCUCAAGCCCCGCCCACCUCCGGAGCUCCCCCGCAAGACCCGCCUACCCCGCCCGGGCUCCGGAAGCUCGUCGCCGUCCAGCCAUGAGUACCAGGAGAUCAACUCCGAUGUGGGCGUGUCUCACCGCGUCCCCGAGGCGCCCCCUGCACCGCCCGUUCCGCCCGCCCCACCCGUCCCGCCGGUCACGUCUCCCACAGGGCGCGGCGUGAGGCGCCAGAUGUCCGAGGACCGCGCCAGGUCGCGCCGCAACGAGGAGGAGCUCCGGCGCCAGCCCCGCAGACAGAGGAGCGAGGACGCGCGCCUGCGCCACGACGACAUCUCCUCCAGCUCCGGCGACCUCAUGACCCUCGACGUCCGCGACAUGAGCAAGCCGCGGCCGACGCGCGACUCCAGCCGGGGGCGCUCCCGGGAGCCGCAGAGGGAGGCGCGGGAGCCGCAGAGGGACGCGAGGGAGCCGCGCCACCUGAGGAAAAGCCGCUCGGGGGAGGUGGAGGCCAGGAAGGUGGCCGAGCAGGCGCAGGAGCGGGGGCGGCGCCGGCGGUCCAGGUCGUCGGACCGGUGGCUGGACCACGCGGCGCACCCCGACCCCCUCAUGGAGCAGCGCCUGAUGGAGGCCAACAUGAUGGACCCCCGCAUGCUCGACCCCAGGCUGAUCGACCCCAGGAUGAUCGACCCGAGAAUGAUCGACCCCAGGAUGAUCGACCCCCGGUACAUGGACGAGCCCUUCCCCAUGGCGCAGGACCCCAUUCGCUUCCCGCACCUCAUGAGCUACCCGCCCAUGACCCAGGCCGGGCCCAUCACUCCAGGCAACAUGUCGCCGGGGGCCAUCUCGCCCAUCCCGCCAGGCCCGCCCAUGGGGCCGCCCUUCCUGCCCAUGGAGUACCCUCCGUACCCGAUGUACCCGUACGACGUGGGCUACAUCCCCGACCUGAUGCUGCCGCCCCACCACCCGGCCUUCGCGGCGGACCACAUCCCGCCGGAGUUCAUGCGGCCCGAGUACCUCCCUCCAGACUACCCGCUCGACUUCCCGCUCGAGUACGGGCCCGCCCCCCACCCCGGCAUGAUGGGCGGGAUGUGGGCCGGACCACGCCCGCGAGACGACUGGCCGCCGCCCACGCCACAGCAAGCACAGCAGAUGAUUCAGCGCGUCGUCAGAAACCCGAGCCGGAGCAGCGGGGACGACGACAAAGACGCAGCGGAAGGCGCACCGAAGCAGACCCAGCUACAGCCCGGCGUGCGCCGCACCGGCCGACGCCUCACAUCAGCGGGGCACUCGGACAGCUCCGGCCUCUCGUCGCCCUCAGAGGACCGCCGCCCCCUGAACAGGAAGCCCCCGGGGUACCGCGGCGCCAACCAGUCCUUCAGGGAGUCGUCGGAGUUCCGGGUCGGGGAGGCCGUGAGGGAGCUGAGCCCAAGGGGCCCCAUGAAGAACUCGACCUCGCUCCCGCACUUCUCUUCCGGCAAGGACAGUGGGUUCGACGAGACUCCUCCAAUCGGGGAUGAGUUUGCCACCAGUCGUGGAGGUCGCUCUGGAGGGGCCUUUAUUGUAUCCGGAGUGUUCAACGACUCUUCUAGAAUGUUCAUCCCAGCACCACCGUCCCCAACCCCUGACUAUGAUGACGAUGGAGAGUCGGAUGGAAAUGAGUCUGACAUCCUUCAGGGUUCACAGUUUUAUGUAGUGACAGACCAGCAAGGAGAACCUGUGAAAAAGAAACUGACCAACAGGGAUUCCUUGAGUGAUGACAGUCUCCAGAAUGCUCCAGUCACAACCAAGAGCACUUCCAAAUCAUCUACGCCACCAAAGACACCCUCAACACCCCUGCAGAGCAUGAUGAGGGCUUUUCAUAAAGGUCUUCCUGACCUCGAGCAAGAGAAUGGAUUCUCCGAUGAUUCCCUCGAGGAUUCUGUGACCGCUCAAUCUCGUCCUUCCACCAUCAGUCAGAAACCACACAGACCUACCUCUAUGGAGUCUCUUGUCUCCAUGGAGAGCUCUACUGCUUCGUUUGAUUACAUGAAUGCCGGUCAAGCAAAGAAUUCUUCCUAUGGGAGAGCAAGAUCAAGGCCAAACAGUGCUGACACUGGAGCCCAGAAAGGAGGUAAUGUGCGAGACAGGAAAGACUUGAAUGGUAAGGUUAAAAAAUCAACACCCAGAUCGGCAGAAAAUGGCAUUGGUCAAAAGGGUAAUUUAGGUAACAAAGACAGUGAGAAAAGCAUUGAAGAGUCUAAUAACUUUAGCAGACAGAGUUCAAGAGAGAGUUCACACAGCUCUGGCUCAACUAGUUCCAAACCUAGUGAAAAGUUUGAUACUAUAAGACAUAUGUUGAAAGAAGGGUUGAUAGAAGGGUUAGAUGAAAGUCCACCUACCUUCAAACCACCUCCACCAAUAAAGAAAACACCAAAUGGAGUCCAUACAGAAGACAGAGCAGAUAGUGGACUAGGUUCUGCUGUCAGCACAACUAGGACAGAUGAAAGUGGUGGCAGUGAUAACCGAUCUGAUUUUUCAGGUACCCCACCAUCUAUUCUUUCCCCACAAGAUGGAGACACCACAAAGAAGGGCAGACCAGAAACUAAAAGAGGGAAGGAAACAAUACGUAGUCGAACAUCUAUUGGGUCAGAGGACAUGGAGAGAAAUCGAGAUGAAGGGGAUGAAGUAGAGGUCAUGAUGCAAGAGACGAUGGAAAUUCCUCCUCCUCCUCCACCAAGGGAUGAGUCAAUGCACUGGACUCCUCGAACCACCACUCCCUUGUCGCAAAAAGAUUCUGCCAGAAGUUCAUUAAGAGCGACACCAACCACACCCUCAACAUCUAAAAAUUCAAGCUGGUUGCACAACACUACCAAGGAAGAGAUGGUUGAAAUAUCUUCUGCCAACUCUCCUCUGCCUGCAGGAGAUAAGAUUACCCAUGUUGAUGAUUUGUAUGGACAGCACGAACAUGUAGGCAAUGGGAAUGAGGUGAGCAGUGCAAUUAAUGGAUCCUUAGCAAGCCAGUACAGUAUCCAGGAUAAUGACAACCCAUUGACAGAUCGUGAUUUCUUAGAGAAUCUCAAAAACCUAGAGCCUCGUCCUCGACCUGAUACCUUAGCUGUGAUUAGCGAAGACCAAGGAAGCAUUGGGUCCAAGAGCAGUCGAUCUGGACGGUUGUUAUCGAGACUUGCAGAUUCUGUCCGUAGUGGAAGUAGAACACCAACUCCCUCCUCCUCCAAUAGUUCCACCACACGUGCCACCACCACCAAACUGACCUCAACAUCAAGGUCUUCCACCCGCAUACAUGGCGACAUCAUCAGGGAUCCCUGGCGAUCAUCCUUGAGGGAAUCAGCCCUGCCUUCCCCUCAAGAAUACGCACGCCUUCCAUCACUCAGUCCCUCCGUUGUUCCCCUCACUCGUGAUGGCUCAGGUCGCUUCAGGAGCAUUGAAGACCUUGCUGAAGCUGUCUCGGAGCCCACACAGCAGGAGGUCACACUCACUGGAAAGAAAAAGAAACACUCAACACUUCCGCCCAACCUCACACCUGCAGAUAUGAAAAAAGAAAAUAAGGAACUUCGAAGAGCAACUUCACUGAUGGUCGGCAAAAAAGGAAAAGUGACGACGCUUCUCCCACGAUACUCGGGCCCCGUCCUGAAACCUGUGAUUCAAGUAGAGUGAAUAGAGAGAGUGAAAACAGACGGUGAAGGCUCCAAGUUCCGCUUCAACUUCUUCCGGGGAUUUUGGCGAAGGAAACAGUACUCCUUCGAUAACAAAGUGUAGCUUGACACGUGAUGUAGCUGCAACGUUACCUUCUCCCAGACUCCUGAAGUGUAAUCUGCCAUAGAACAGCCAAAUACUCAUCAAAAUACAUGGCCAUUCGGACAGAUUUAGCUAGUUUAAGGUGUAUAGUUGGUAACCUCUCAUAGCGGGGUCAACGGUGUAUAGGGUUUGGUUUAACAUCUUUGUCUAAGGCUGACAAUGCAGUUGCAGAUCGCCAGGUAUAAAAUGUUUGUUGGGGCCGUAAGUGUGACGCCUACAAUGUAUAUAGCUAAUAGUAAGUUAUAAUGUACAUUAUAUAUAGGGGACAGUUUUUUUUUUUUUGUAAGUCCAAAAUCCUGUCCAGUAAUUUUUGGGGCGACUGGUCAGUUGAUAAUCCAUCCUCAAGAAAAAGUCAAAUUUUCAUGAAGCUAGAUUAAGUAGUAAUUUACAAUCUCCAUUUUCUUUCAUAGCUUAAACCAUCAAAAAUAAAAAAAAACUAGGUUGUAGAGAUAUAUUGCUUGUAAGCUGUGUGUUGUCAGAUUCGGAAAGGUCGCCGGUCAUGUAAGCCUCAUUCAGCGGCUGUGUUUUGCUUCGAUGUCAGCAGCCAUUGUUCCUUUAUAGUGCAGUCUACAUUAAAAGACCCCCCCUCCCCCUCCCCCAAGCAGGAAAUGCUGUCCAAGACAACAUUUGGUAUUAACAUAGCCUGUAAUUAUAGUUACAGUCUUCACCCCAUUUUGUCUUGUAGCUAUCACACGUCUACCGAAUGAAAUCAGAAGUAAAUUUCAGUUCAUUUGUUGAUAUACUUACUGCAUAAUCAAGAAAAAUGUGGUUGUAUAUCAAGCAUCAACUUUACAGCAAAUGAACUGUAGUUUAUGAAUAGAUUUCCCCAGCGAGUGUAGACAUGUGAAUAGGUAACAAGUUCUGGCAAUGGAGACGAUAAAAAAAAAAUAUCGUUUCCCUUAGCCUCAAAAUGCGCCAGGCUCAGGUUAUCUUGGCACACAACUCACAACCAGUCCCCUCCUACACACACGCAAGGCAGUUCCGCUUGGUUGUAUCGACUCGUCAGUCCUCCACAGCAGACACACUGCAGGGGCCUUCGUAACUUAAUUGAUUUGUUCACUUGUCAAAUUUCUGGUUACACAAGGGGUUUGUAUUUUUCGAGUCCAUUUAUCAAAUAUUUGUGGGAUUUAUAGAUGUAUAUUGUAAAUAAAAGUUCUUAUUUAACCAUUUAGCAUUAUAUAUAGUGAAAAGGUUUUAUUACUUGACACAAAACUAAAUUUUAUUCCACAAUCCGGUGAGCUCAUCGCUACAUGUACAUAUCUUAGUCCUGGUAGCGUGUAUUGUUUGUGGAUGUGGUAUAAUCUUUGCUAACACGGCCACCUUUAUUUGUAACCAUGAAAAGGUUUUAAUUUGUAACUGUCAGUGUAACAAGAAAACUGUCCUUGAAUGUAAAGCCACAUCUAAUAAUUUUAACCUCGAUGGCAUAAGUAAAAUCUUAGGGUUAAGGUCCGAGACCAUCUACCAUGCUUUUUAAGAUCUGAAACCUUAAUUGGUAAUUGCUUAUUGGUGUAGUGCCCGAGCAAUGUUGAAAUUUGCCAUCUCAUCUCACCGCUUGCAACAUCUUGCUCAUGAUGGUACCAAGUCUAAGAAUGGGUGGCAGCAAAGACUUGAUUGUACUUAAAACUUUCCCGCUACAUUGUUUUGUAAGUCAAAUUGUCUAAUGCAUUUUUAUUAACCUGUAAAACACUUGGCAAAAUAAACAUUACAAUAA